AUGAAUACAUGGGAAUGGUAGAAUGGUUAAAGCAUCACAUCGAACCACUCAGCAAAGUAAAGCAAUACAUGAAGAAAACAUCAAUCAGUCGUGCUGCAUGGAUUAAGGAAAACCCUCAACUAUCAGUCUGUGAUAUACUGAAAGAACAUCCAAGGUUGUUCGACAUACCUGGUAUGAUUGAAAUAGACUUUGAAGAAAUAUUUGGUGAAGUUGCAGAUAAUCUUUUCCUAAAAUGGACACCAUCUUUUGCUGAAAAAGUUAUUGCCUAUGCUAACAGCCAAGCAAAUUGGCACAGUUACCUCCAUGUUGACAUGCAGAAAGUCAACACUGAUGAGGAAAAACAAAAUGUUGCAAUUGUGCUCUUACCAGCAAUAUUUCCUACUGGACGCAAAGGGAAAAAGAAAAGCACCAUUGAUGAUGCUAUCAAGGUUUUUGUUGAUGUUCAACCAAUUGGUACCAACAUGCCAAAAUAUCUUGAGGAAAACUCCACUGAUGAGCCACAGGUUCUGGUUCAUGGAAGUGUCACCAGUCCUCAACAAGUGUUUGUUGUUAGCAAAGGCAGAGCAUUGGAGAGGUCAAAUUUGUUGACUGCUAUCGACACCUGUUUCAAGAUGUUUUAUAUUAUGGAUAUCGAAUACCCCUGGCAAUGUGGCAUCACAUGGGAAUUUUUCCAAAAAGUAAUUUUUGGUUUGGAGGACAGGUGCAAACAUAAAAAAACUGCUCCGUCUGUUAUCUCCAUACGGGCUGCAUUAAAGGCUUGAUUGUUUAUUGUGUCUUUCAUACUUGUCAUUGCUUCUA